CUCCACUGCGAGGAAAUGGGGGGAGAGAGGAGAGCACCACCCUCAGCAAGUGGUUGUGCAGAUGUUCUAGCGAAGAGCAAAGUGUUGGUGAACGCUCAAAAGCUGGUGUGCCGAGAUUUUGCUGUCUUAGAGGACCACACCCUGGCCCACAGCCUGCAGGAACAAGAGAUUGAGCAUCAUUUGGCAUCGAACAUUCAGCGGAACCGUUUGGUCCAACAUGAUCUCCAGGUGGCUAAGCAGCUUCAGGAGGAAGAUCUGAAAGCUCAGGCUCAGCUCCAGAAGCGCUACAAAGACCUUGAACAACAGGACUGUGAAAUUGCUCAGGAGAUCCAGGAGAAGCUGGCUAUUGAGGCGGAGAGACGCCGCAUUCAGGAGAAGAAGGACGAGGACAUAGCUCGCCUUUUGCAAGAAAAGGAGUUACAGGAAGAGAAAAAACGAAAGAAACACUUUCCAGAGUCUUCUGGAUCCAGUGCUUAUGGAGAUAGUUACUAUUAUGAAAAUGGAGACCCGCCACCGUCAAGGAGGGCAAGGGAAUUGGGUUCUGGAGUCUCGAGGUCAUGUAGACUCCAAAGUGAUGGAAACACUGUGAAGCAAAGGAACAAGAAACCCAAACAUCCAGUGGAGAACUUGGAAGAACUAGAAGAUCAUUGUUCAUCAGGGAGAUUUCUCUCAUCCUAUAGCUUGGGCAGAGUGAGGGCCAAUUCCCAAAUUGACACUGAGCAGCAUGAAAGGAAACGGUCUGAUCAUGAGAGACUUCGGAGACCUCCGCUUCCCAGGAUCAGUGGUGAGGUGUUUCUGAGUACUGGAUUUGAUGAUGGGGAGGCUAACAGUGUCCAUCGACCUCGGAAUUCGGAAAAACAGUCCAGACACCAAGACCGACUUUCACCCAAGUCUUCACAGAAAGCAGGGCUUCAUUGCAAGGAAGCUGUAUAUGGGGGGGGCCGUGGGCAAGGUGAGCAGAGAGAAAGGAGACACAAGCCCAGGACUCCCCCCUUCUCAGAGAGUGAGGGACAGCUCCAGCUCCGUGACCCAGGAAUGAAGCCAAGAGGGAUGAAAGAAGCUGUCUCUACUCCAUCACGAGUGGCCCACAGAGAUCAGGAAUGGUAUGAUGCUGAAAUUGCCAGAAAACUGCAAGAGGAGGAAAUUUUGGCUACCCAGGUGGACACGAGAGCAGCUCAAGUAGCGCAGGAUGAGGAAAUCGCUAGACUUCUCAUGGCUGAAGAAAAGAAAGCUUACAAGAAGGCCAAGGAGCGGGAGAAAUCAUCUUUGGACAAAAGGAAGCAUGACCCUGAUUGGAAGCCAAAAACAACUAAAUCGGCACACUCAAAGUCAAAAGAGAGUGAUGACCCUCACCGUUCUAAGAAUGACAGGCCAGCACGGCCACCACCACCUACCAUGACAGAGGCUGAAGAUUUGGAUUACACUCAUUUUACAAACCAGCAUAAUUCCACACGUCAUUUCUCAAAAUCAGAAUCCUCUCAUAAAGGUUUCCAUCAUAAGCAGUAAAACCCUAGGAAUCUGCCUUGAGAACGGACUCACUGUAGCAAUCAUUACUGGAUGAUACAGAAUGCGUUCCCCACUCAUUUUUUUCCCUCCUGUGUUUGUAUUCCUGGGAUUUAUCUUCAAGUGUUCUUCUGGCCGUAAAUAAUUUUAAUUCAUUUAAAACGUUUUUGGUUAUUCCUGAUCACUUGGGCAGUACAAGAAAAUCUAGCUUCUGAAUAUUGGCCACUUCUCUGCUGCAUAUGCUUCCUGGGAUAUAGUAUCUAAAAGCUCUGUAAAAUGUCAUUUUUGUUAGGUGUGGAGUACUAGUGUCUAGAGACUAGGCUUUAUUUAGCAGUUAGAAUUUUGUGGAGAUUAUGAUCAGAGUAAAACAAUGUUUGGAUGCAAUACAGAAUAAAAGAAUAUAAGAAACAGCUUUUUUUUGUGCAUUAGUGUAUGGUAUAUUGAAGAAUCUUUUGCUUUUUGUAUUCUUCAGGAAAAUAAAAAAAUUCACAACCAUAAAGUAUUAAAACAAACAAACAAAACCUGGAACAGUUGGAGCAUGUUAUUUUGACCAGCAGGACUGUAGCAGUUUUGCAUAUCCUUAUAAGCUCUCCUAGGCGAAUUGGCCCAGAUGUCAUUCUCUGACAGUUUCUCUACUUCUGCUGAAUAACAAGUCUUUCGGAGUCCUCUGGGCACUGGGCUAUUUAUUAGUAUUUAUUGGCAAAAGUUUAAUUCUAUGAACUAUUAACUCAGGUCUGUGCAAAGUCAACUGAAAGUGAAAAAGUGAAAAACUUUGCACCCCUUCUCUUCUUUUACAUUUACAUAUAGAGCCCAGGGAAGUGGAAUCGGAAGGAUGUUUAUAUAAGUGAUAAUGCCAGCAUUCUCUCUGGGCAUAGAUGGAUAAGUUUUCCUCUUACUUAAAAAACAGUGGUAUUUGUUGGCAGCCACUCAAAAAAUAUUUUAUCUGUCAGUAAUCAGAUUAAUUCAACGUGAAGUUGAAGUAGAUAAAAUGGUUCUUUACCCAGGUAUUUGGCUCUACAUAUUCGUUAGUGAUACAUGGCAUUGGAUUCCUUUGUACAGGACCUUUAAAGCCCUCUUUGAGAAAUCUAGUCUUUGUCCAGCCCUUAACUUUGUGGAAAUACUUAUUUUCCCAUACUUGUUAGUUAACAUAAAUGGCAGUCACGCUACACAUAUAUAAAAAUUUUUCUUCGGCUUGACUUUCCAUUAUUUUUCAUUGUAUAAAUCUGAUGUUUUUGACAUUCCAGUGUAGUGUUUGUUUUAGGAAAGAAAUACACAGAUGACAGGGGAAAGGUUGUUAAUCCAUUUUUUCCCACUGGGAACUGCCUGUUGUUUGCCUUAUCUUUCCGGAUAGUCUUUCAAGUCAGGCAAUAUUCAGGAAGCUAUUUGGGAUAGUUUCUCGGAGUGGAUUUGGGACCUUUGAUUUUGAGAAAGAUCUUUAGUUCAUAACGUUUUUGGAUUGUAGAAACUUGGGUAAAAGGUAGCUAAGAGUCAAGUUUUAGGGAAAUGAUAAUCUAGAAAGAAACCCUAAAAGAUGUCAUUUUCAAGAAAUGGGGAAAGAGAAAAACAAACAGGACUUUGAAUGACCCUGAUGAAAUGAAUGAAGGAGAGUUAAAUAGGCAAGGGCUGGUGAGAUGGAGGUCCUAGCCUUAGUCACAUUCUAGAGGGUGCUUUCAGUAUCCAAAACUUAGGCCUUGUUGACUUCUAGUAAUGCUAUGUUUUUCUUUGUCUGCCCUGUGAUUUUGCUUCAUGUUUUAAAAAGUUUUUCUGUGGUAACUUUAAAGAAAACACAAUGUAUUUUUAUUUUGAUAGGCAACAUCAUUUGCCGUAUUUUUAUUUCAUACAUGUUUAUUUUUCUAUCUCAUGCAGUGAUCAGAUUUACUUUAAAAAUUCUGCACUUGUCUUGCUUCUCAUGUACUUUAUCCAAUCAUAUUUAUUACUGUAAAAUGCUAUCUGGAGAUAUUUUCAUUCAAAAAAAUGUGAGGCCACUUAACAUUUAAGCCUUGGAUGUUAGUGUUUCAGCUGUCUUAGUGAGCGGCCAGAGGUGAUAUAGUUCCCCGUGACACCCAAUUCAACAUCUGUAUUGAAAAUUUGUUACUUUUUUUUUUUUAGGUUUUUAAAAAAUUAGAAUUUUAAAAUAUUUUUAUUUUUUUGUAAAGCGAACACUUUUUAAAGAGUAUCCAGAGUAAUUCUUGUCUUCUUAGUUAAAUCCUCUUAUUCUCAUUCAAAUAUUAUAAUUAUUAUCUUUAAGACUAUAGAAGUAACUAACAACUAUAUUAAAAGGAACUGCCAAACAUUCUUCACUGUGUUCUCUGCUUUUCACUUGGUUAUAUUUCUAUAAAUGUGGAAAUGUUUUGUUCCUCUUUCUACCACUGGACCACACACAAUUUAAUUUUUAGGCCCACAGUGUAUUAUGCUUUAAUGUUGUGACGCAAACUAAUACUCUGGCCUUGGCAAUCUUUCUGUACUUCUUUUCUCUGGAGGCCCCAUUUAACACUAGUAUUGCUGAAUGAGCACAGUAUGUUUUGAGCCUUAUCAUAAGGCUUCUGGAUGUGUACACCCUCUUCCCCCAACCUGACUUUUUGUAAUUCAUUGCUUGGAAGCAAGGUCCGACAAGGGUCAGAUUAAAUGUUCUGAGUUGAAAAAAAUUUGUGCUGUGAAACCAUGGUUAGACAUAAUUAUUUUGCAGGAGACUGGACAGUUGCUACAUAUGCUUUGAAAGAACAUUGAGAUUUUUAGAAAGUGACUUUGCAUACCUUUGAAUUACUUUUUCUUGAGUGACUUUACAACAACCAGCAACAGACUAACGAACUUCAAAAAAGACUUAGGUUUUUGAUCAUAGAGAAACAUCUAAAUUAGAAAAGAAAGAUAUGGAUAGAUGUUUCCCAGGAGGAAAAUCUUUUCAGAUUUGCAGCGGCCACUUGGAUCUCGAUCAACAUAUUCCAAGGUGUGUGACCUCGGGCCUUGUGUUCCACUGAACUCACUCUAGAAAAUUGUGAACCGGACCCGUUUUCCCCUUUUCUUUUCUGCUAUGGUCUGCAGCCGAACUGGAUGGUGAAUAAAGUCAUUGCUGACUCUGUCCACACAUUCCAUCGAUGUCAGGACUUUUCAGUAUAAAUGUAAUUAACUUUUAAUGGAUAAUUAUUUUCUUCAAUACUGUCAGAUAUUCUCUAAUUUUUGUCUUGUGCCAAAUUGUUCUUUGGAAACACCUGCUAUAUAAUAUGGUGCACUCAGUUUACCACAUCAGUGGUUAACAUUUUAGGGCCUUGAUUUUGUAAUGGGUGUUGCCUUUGUAUAAAAAUCACUUUGGGGAAUAUCAGAAUUACUCAUUUAUUCAGUGAUGGUUUUCUUGAAAGGUAACUGGUGACUGGAUGUAAAAGCUUCCCUCUAAAUAAAGGGAGUGAGACCCCGGUGUAAUCAGCUUUCCGAGGGACUGAGAACAGAAUAGAACUUGCACUGAAAGGCUUUUUUCCCUUUUGGGAAAACAGUAUUUGUGUGAAAGGGAACACCGUUCAGGUAGAUUUCACUGCAGGUAGUGUGCCAUUAUUCUCAUAAUGCAGGCUUUUUAGAAACAGUCAUAAAAUAACCAAAACUUGUUCUUUCAGCCGAAAGGAAAAAACAGAUUUUUAAAGUACUUGGUCCCUUACUUACUACUCGUAGUCAGAGAAGCGACUAGAUAAAGUGGUCCCAUUUUCUCCUCAUAUCUGGUGGUGCCUGUGAGUCUUAAAGCCAUAACUGCUUAUCUUAACUGUUGAUAGAAUCCUGUUUUUCUCCUUUAGCUUAUAACAGGGAAUGUGGUCAGGGAGGAGCGAACUGGAGACUGUUCUGAUAAUGCUGCAUGGGGCACAGUGUCAUCCAGAUUCCUGGUCAGAGAAUCUCAUUUAUCUCUGAUGAUACUUAGGAUUAUUAAAGGGAAGAGUCAAGGCUGUUGUUGCUCCUGACAUUUCAUUGUUGUGAGAAAUGCUGCAAUUUUCUUCCAGAGAAGUCAAAAAGGAAGGGGUAAACUGGGAAAAUUUUACUUCUUACAGAGUCAGUUUUCUGAUGAGGCUUGCACUUUGUGCCAGCAGUGUCUCGAGGAGCAGUAUUGCCUUAAAUUAGUUUGAUUCUGACCAAGGUCAGUGUACUGUACUUCCUAUAUGUGAAUGACCGUCAACUCUCCAUUGAGAUACACAAUUCACGGGUGAUCUCCACAAACAUCCUUGCCAUCAGAAACUCUGGAUUUCCUCCCACUGAGCUAUGGGUGACCUGUACACUGAUAAGAUACAUCAUUUCAUUGAGUUGCCUCUCAAUCUGUGAACAAGCAGUGGCAUGACCAAAACAGGCUGGCGGAAGGAGAGUGAGAAUUCCCUCGCCAGACUGUCCAGGUUAUCACUUCCUGAAUAAUUGAGAGUUGACUGUCUUUCUGUUCAAAGUGACUAUGUAGAAGAUACUUCCAAAGGCUGUAUUGUGUAGCAAAGUCAAUUAUUAUUGUUUUGUGAGGAUUUCACCAACACUCUUGUGUUUUUAAAUGCAUACCAUUGACAAAAAAAAAAAAAAAGAGAACCGAACAAAACAGAGACAUUUACUUGAAAUGGGAGCUCCUUAGAUGUGAAGAGUGUUUCUAUUUUAUUACUUUUAGAAGAAAAUUAACCAGGAAAACUUCUGCUGUGGUAAGGAAAACACCAGAGUGUUUUUGUAAGGUUGUGUUUGAUGCCAUAAAUUGACAGAAUCAUCUAAGUAAUCAUGUUGAUUUGUUGGAAAUAUCUAGUGCUGGAAACCAUCUUCUUCCCUUCUGUAUUUGUCAAUACUGCCUAGGAACAUGUUCCUAAUGCAUUUUAUAUGCUAUUGUUUAUUCUUGGCAAACUAGAGGAUGGGUUUCUCCUUUUGAAUAACUUGUGAUAGCACAGUGAGCCGGCACUGUCAGCAUUUCAGAUGAGGACAGAAUUAAUUAUGCAUCUUAGUUAGUGCCCCAUUAUUCAUUGCUGAGGUUCAUAUAGAAAGAACAGGAGAAUUGAAAGACAGGGUUUUUGAGGGACAUGUCCUUCACAAAAGAGCAAGGACUAAGCAGUAAAAAGCUAAGAGAAUAUACCAUGACACAUUGCAUACUUAGGCUAUAUUUUUGUUGCACUGAAUUUCAUACCAUAAUUGCUAAAAUAGUUUCUAGCUAUUAAAUUUAGUAAGAGGGUUUUUGAUGUCAGAAUUGUUUUAUUUCUGAUUGAAUUAACCCCUGAAAUCACUGUAGGCUAUAACUUUAGCUCUUGCUAUAAACUGAAAGCCAAAUGCCCUUUUUCAGAAGUAGCUAUAUUUUUCACCUGCCUCUUAAAGGCAGCCCAGUAUUUGUUUCAUGAAGUAUUAUAAAUAAUGAGGAGAUACAGUGGGAAGAUAGCAUAUAGGUGUUCCACAAUGAGAAUUCUCUAUAAUAGGGUUUUCCUUAAAAAGAAUCCAUCCUGGAACAACAUUAUAUUUUGAAAAGGUGCUGGAUUAUAAAGUACAGGAGUAUGCACAUAUAAACCAAGUUGCUCAGGAAAGGAGAGGUGGUGCUGUCAUUUGUCUUAUAAUUCAGAAAAGUGCUUUCCUGAGAAAAAUUGCAUAGUGUCCAGGCAGUUUCGGAUUCUUUGGUAAGAAGCCCUUUGGCAUCUGAAAUGUGGAUAUGUUUAAAAAAUGAGUGAGAUGUUAACCCAAGUGCUCAUCAACUUGUAGCCAAGCCCCAGAAGGAAAGGCAGCUUUGAAAUAGCUACUUCAUGGGACUGAACAGAACCUUAAUGGAAUCCAGUUGUCUGUCUGAGGACAGAAAACAAAGAGGCCACCUCAAACCACAUGCCUGUUUAGAGAUUAGAUGAAACUGUGAGGGACACUCUCUGGAUGCCUUAAAGGUGACUGGUGUUGAGUACUGGUGGGUAUGUACACACCCAUCUGGACUAGGCUGACGGAAACCGUCUAUUUCCAUUCACCUUCACAGCACAAGUCGUUCCUGUUCAUGACCUCAUUGAGGAACACGAGAAACAUGGUGCUGGUGACUUCCGUGUGUCUUGGGAGGUUGAGGUGGUCUUGUCAGUCAGCACUCUCCAGUGCUCCUGCCUCCCUUAAAUGCCAGUUCUACAUCUACAUAGUUCAUCUAUGCAAGCUUACGUUUUUAUGGUUUGUUUUCUAUACUCAUGUCCCAUUUGAUUCUUUAAAUAUCAGGUUUAACAUUAAUAUUAUGAAUAAUUUUUAAACCAAAGUAUGUAUAUGUCUGUGUGCUUGUUUUCCUGGAUGGUUUGAGGCAAAAACCAGUCUUGUCCUUCUCUCUUAAUAAAGUCAUCCAUUUCUUA